AGCAGCAGCAGCCGCCGCCGCAGCAGCAUCCACCCGCGGGCUCUCCUCUCCACAGCUGGAUUAUAUUUCUCGGCGCUUCGUCCGCUCCCGGCUCAGAGAUGCCGCGCUCCUUCAUGGUGAAGAGCAAGAAGGCGCACAGUUACCACCAGCCCCGCAGUUUGGAGGAGAACUACAGUCGGCUGGACACGCUACUAGCGCAUAUUUGCUCAGAAGCGGAUCAGCUCCAAGACGACUCCGACGUGUCGGUGGACCAGUACGGCCUCUCUCCGGACUCCCACCUGGCCGACGCCGCAGAUUUCUCCCCAAAGUCUCCGCUGAGCUGCGCCAACAGCAUGUGCGGCCGCUCCCCGCUCUACGAGGACUUCUGGAGGCCUCCGUCCCCCUCUGCGUCCCCGGUGGAUUCUGAGAAAUCUCUCUCCCCGCUGGUGGACGAGACGCAGCCCUUCGCCAUUCCCUUCCGGCCGUAUGCCUGGAGCAGCUACCCGGGGCCGGGGCCGGGGCCCCUGGUGCAGCCGAGCCCCCACCCGGGCAUGGAGGUGGAAAGGGGUCCGGCGGCGUUGUCCUUAUACGGGGACCGGAGCACCCACUCGGCCCUGUACGCAGACCGGGCCCUGGUCGAGGAGACGUACGGGGACUACAGGAGGCACGCUGCGGCGCUGCGGUUCCCCGAGGGGGGCCUGCUGCACGGAAAGGGCCACACCGCGAAGGCCCCGUCGGACCUGCUGUGCUCCAGUCUGAUCCUCAAUGGCGCGUUCAAGUGCACCAAGUGCAGUAAGGUGUUUUCUACUCCGCACGGGUUGGAGGUGCACGUGCGCAGAUCGCACAGCGGCAUCAGGCCGUUUGCGUGCGAAAUCUGCGGCAAAACUUUCGGACACGGAGUCAGCCUGGAACAACACAAAGCCGUGCACUCUCAGGAAAGGAGUUUCGACUGCAAGAUAUGCAGUAAAAGCUUCAAGAGGUCGUCCACUCUGUCGACGCACCUGCUCAUCCACUCCGACACGAGGCCGUACCCCUGCCAGUACUGCGGGAAGAGGUUCCACCAGAAGUCCGACAUGAAGAAACACACGUUCAUCCACACAGGUGAGAAGCCACAUAAAUGCCAGGUGUGCGGCAAGUCGUUCAGCCAGAGCUCCAACCUCAUCACGCACAGCCGGAAGCACACGGGAUACAAGCCCUUCGGCUGCGACCUGUGCGGCAAAGGCUUCCAGAGGAAAGUGGACCUGAGGAGGCACAAAGAGACGCAGCACGGGCUGAAGUGACGCGCACCGUGCGCACACAUGACGUCAUCAUGUUAUCGGACUUCAGUAUUUUUGAGUCGUUGUUCUCGAAAGGAGUGAGAGACAUCUGACAGAGACGAUUUUGUUCUUCUUUCUUGGAUCAAGACUCACUUUGUAAAAAAAACAAAAAAACAGACUGAAAGACUGCGUUGGAUAUAUAUACUUUAUAUAUUAUAUAUAUAUAUAAUUAUCUCGUUCGAUAUGCAGAUUAUUCAUUUAUUUUAAUAAAGAAAACGAAUAAGA